AUGCCUUAUCCCUCGAAGGCCGAGAUCCAAGAAAGAGCCGCCUCGCUCAGCACAGAAGACAACACGCCGUUCUUCAGUCGCGUCUCUCCAGACGUCGUUUGGGAUGUAAUGGGCACACAUCCUGCUGCAGAGGACUGGAAGAAAGGCGCCCUCGGUGUCGUGAACAAGAUACUCAGCGAGCCUCUGAAGCUCAAGGUGAUCAAUGUUAUCGGCGGUGGUGAUGAAUGGGCAACCGUUGAACUAGAGGCAAAUGCCACGUGCAAGAAUGGUAUGGCAUAUCCCCAGAGGUAUGCUUGGAUGCUCCGCUUCGACGAAAGUGGUACCGUCGUCCAGGCACGGGCCUAUUUGGACUCUGCGCUUGUGCAGAAGGCUGUUGACCAAAACCCCUAG